AUGUCUUCUCAAUACGAGAACCUCCUUCUCAAGCUCAUAACCGUUCUCGAGCUUAUCCAGCAGUCGGAGAUCGCGCCGACACCACAGACGAGGCAGGCUCUCGUGCAGGCGACCAACGAAUACAAGGAAAGCCUGCGCCAGGCAAAGGAGGCAGCGAAUGCGCUGCCCGGGGGCGAGCUCUCUCUGGAGGAGCAGGACGAGGUGAUCGACAUGCUGGAGAGACUCCGGGACAGGAAGCGGCAGCAACUGCUCGAGUUUUCCGCGAACGUCGAGUCGAUAUCGACCGCAGUGGACCACGUCAUGCUUGAGGUGGACUCGACGGCGUCGACUCCCGCUGGUUUGUGA